CUGCACAUUUAGCAUCUCACAACACAGACACAACAGAUGUAUUUUAGCUGAACCUUUUUAGGCUGCUACUGUGCUUGAGGACCAUGCUGUUUCCAAGGCAAUUCUGUAUGCUUUUUCUAUUUGUUUCAGUAAAUGCUGCAGAGCAGGAAGUUUCUGGAAAGCCUAACAGUUGCAUGUGCGGUCACCCCGGAAUCCCAGGAGAUCCGGGACACAAUGGAAUGCCAGGUCGUGAUGGCAGAGAUGGGGCCAGAGGUGACAAAGGAGAUGGGGGAACAUGUGGAGAAUCUGGUCAAAAUGGUCCAAAAGGGGAUAAAGGAGAACUUGGUAUUCCUGGCAUAGCUGGUAUAAAGGGCCAGCGCGGUGAAGACGGAGAGCGGGGCCCACCUGGCAAAAUGGGACCCCAAGGUUUCCCAGGGCCUCUUGGCUUGAAAGGUCAGAAGGGACAAUUGGGUUUUCCAGGACCACCGGGCAUCAAAGGUGAGAUGGGGCCUGUUGGCCCAGCGGGGCCACAAGGUGACACUGGCCCUAAAGGAGAGAGAGGCUUAAUAGGUCCUUUGGGUCACCAAGGACGGCCAGGUCCGAAGGGUGAUUUUGGGCCUCAGGGCGUCAAGGGCAGCAUUGGUGUUCACGGCGAUAAAGGCUCAAUAGGAGAAAUUGGCAAGCCAGGUCCAAAGGGAGACAUGCCUGAGGUAACAAAAAGUGCUUUUUCGGUUGGAUUGACUGUAGAAAGCAGAAUGCCUCCUGGUAACACACCUAUACGCUUUGAUAAAAUCCUCUACAACCAGCAGGGUCACUAUGAUCCUGAGACGGGUCGCUUCACGUGUUCUGUCAGCGGAGCCUAUUUUUUCACUUAUUACAUCACUGUUUUGGUUCGUGAUGUCCAAGUGGCCAUGGUGAAGAACGGUCAGAAAAUGAUCCACACUCUCAACAGGUACCAAAACGGCGAGGAUCAGGCAUCAGGGGGAGCAAUCCUAGAGCUGCAGGCUGGAGACAAGGUGUGGCUUCAAGCGUCUGAUGGAGAGCGAUUCAAUGGGUUGUUUGCAGACGAAGAUGACGAUACUAUUUUUGCGGGAUUUCUUCUCUUUGCAACAGAAAGCAAGCCUAGCUACCCAAAAGCUCCCGUUUGAUAGAGUUCAAUGUUCCUGCAACUAUGAUCCACAUGUGAUUUGAAAGAAAAUGUUUUGAAUUCACUAAAUGACCAAUUGUGUUUCUUUUCUGAAAUAUUUGCUGUGUCGAUUUUUUAACCCAUGAGCUUUGUAGAUUUACAUCAUGAUCAAAAUAACGUAUCAUUUCAGUGCUUCUUACCAAUGGAUUAAACUAUUAACCCUAUUGACUCCA